GCUGUAUUCAGUGAGUAGACUACAACCUCUCAGUUCUACUGAUCGUGUGCAAAAUCAACAGCCCUAGAAGGUGCAGUGUCGGGGUGAGGACAGGAAACGGAAAUCCCCCUCAGAGGCCGUUUAAGUCUUCUUGGCGCGCGACGCUAAAUGCAGUGCACGAGGUUUUAUGGCGUGAUAGUCGCUCAGGAUUUCUUGGGGUCCCUGUGGAGCCAUUGAGGCUUACCCCUUACUGGAGGCUGCAGGACCCUCUACACACAGACAGCUGUCCAGCAUGGAAGGUGGCCUGAGGCCCAGGGUGAACAUGCCAGCUAAUGAGACAUCACCCCAGGGAUUCCCUGCCCCGAUUCCGGGAGAACCUGGCAGAUCUUUUGAGGGGUCCGUGUCAUUCGAGGAUGUGGCUGUGGAUUUCACCCGACAGGAGUGGCACAGACUGGACCCUGCUCAGAGGACCAUGCACAAGGAUGUGAUGCUGGAGACCUACAGCAACCUGGCAUCUGUGGGCCUCUGCGUGGCCAAACCAGAGAUGAUCUUCAAGUUGGAGCGAGGAGAAGAGCUGUGGAUAUUAGAGGAGGAAUCCUCAGGCCAUGGUUACUCAGGAUCUCUCUCACUGCUGUGUGGCAAUGGUUCUGUUGAGGAUAAUGCCCUCAGGCAUGAUAAUGACCUUCUUCACCAUCAGAAGAUUCAAACAUUGGAUCAAAAUGUUGAAUAUAAUGGAUGCGGGAAAGGCUUCCAUGAGAAAACAGGCUUUGUUAGACAUAAAAGAACACCCACAGGAGAUAAAAACUUUGAAUGUCAUGAAUGUGGGAAAGCUUAUUGCAGGAAAUCAAACCUUGUUGAACAUCUGAGAAUACACACAGGAGAGAGACCCUAUGAAUGUGGUGAAUGUGCAAAAACCUUCAGUGCAAGAUCAUACCUCAUUGCUCAUCAGAAAACUCACACAGGGGAGAGACCCUUUGAAUGUAAUGAAUGUGGAAAAUCUUUUGGCAGGAAGUCACAACUCAUCCUACAUACAAGAACACACACUGGAGAGAGACCCUAUGAAUGUACUGAAUGUGGGAAAACCUUUUCUGAGAAGGCAACCCUCACAAUUCAUCAGAGAACUCACACAGGGGAGAAACCCUAUGAAUGUAGUGAAUGUGGGAAAACAUUUCGUGUAAAGAUAUCCCUUACCCAACACCACAGAACUCACACAGGGGAGAAACCUUAUGAAUGUGGGGAGUGUGGGAAAAACUUCCGUGCAAAGAAAUCCCUAAAUCAGCAUCAAAGAAUUCACACAGGUGAGAAACCCUAUGAGUGUGGUGAAUGUGGGAAAUUCUUCCGAAUGAAGAUGACUCUCAAUAAUCAUCAGAGAACUCACACAGGUGAAAAGCCCUACCAGUGUAACGAAUGUGGGAAAUCUUUCAGGGUACACUCAUCUCUUGGGAUCCAUCAGAGAAUUCACACAGGAGAGAAACCUUAUGAAUGUAACGAGUGUGGUAAUGCUUUCUAUGUGAAAGCACGCCUAAUUGAACAUCAGAGGAUGCAUUCAGGAGAGAAACCCUAUGAAUGUAGUGAAUGUGGGAAAAUCUUCAGUAUGAAGAAAUCCCUCUGUCAACACCGGAGAACUCACACAGGAGAGAAACCUUAUGAAUGUAGUGAAUGUGGAAAUGCCUUCUAUGUGAAAGUACGCCUCAUUGAGCAUCAGCGAAUUCACACAGGAGAGAGACCCUUUGAGUGUCAAGAAUGUGGGAAAGCUUUCUGCCGGAAAGCACAUCUCACAGAACAUCAGAGAACUCACAUAGGCCGGUCCUGGCGUUGUACAAUGAAGAAAGCCUCUGUGUGAAGAGUUCCCUCACUAUUGGAUCAAGCUCCUUGGGGCAUAUGAUCACUAGAGCACACAGUGAGCCUGUGAAAAUUUGGCACCUACAUUUGUAUCAAAAUAUGUCCUGAUCCCCUUAGGGGAUAGCUCAUUGCUUUUAUUCGGAUUUCCCUAAUUAGUGGUGUGUGAACAUCCUAUCUGUUGAUUGGCUAUUUGGGUUUUUUUUUCUGUGCAUUGACUGUGCAUGUC